CCUUCCUCACAGACACUUGCUUUUUGUGUGAAGGGGUUUAACCCAGUGAACAAUCCCGUCUGUCUUUCCCAAAAUAAGCCAGUGAGAGAGGGACCGCCGCGUACGCCGGGGAGAUUGAGGCGCACGGCCCCUGGUUAUAAGUCCUGUGAGUGGGAGCGCAGGCUGCUUGGACCCACAGCCUUUAGCUCUGUACACACUGCUGCCUGCCUGACUGACUGAGUCUCACUCCUCUGUUACUCUCUCUCUCCCCCUCCGUCCUUCCCUCCUACUUUCCACCCUGGAGAGGGAGAACGCACGGAUCGGGAAGGUGCUCCUCAGACCUGCGUCUGGACUGCUUCAGGACGGCACCGAGAGGACUUCCAUCCAUCUCGCCACCUGGAUGGACUUUUCCAUUCUUUCGCCGAGGCAGACGCAUAAAAGGCAGACCUCCUUCACCUGCAGUUGAAAGUCUCCGGCUGUGAGCGGCUGGACUCGACCGCAUCCUGCACGGGACCAGCUCAGGGGGACGACUCCACGCCGUUGUUUCGCCGCGUGCUCGCCGAACACCCCGAUGCCGCUGCAUCUCAUGGGAGACAAGCGUGGCUGAAGCACGGAGGGAGGCAGAAGAGAGAGAGAGACGCACCUGAAGCUCGCACCUGAAGCGCACCCCCGCCCCCCCCCCCCCCCCCCCCCCCCACCCCCCCCGCCCGUCCACGCUGCGAGGAGACCGAGUUGUUUGUGUGUGUGACGCCUGAAGCCUUGGAUACUGGUGACCAUGCUGUGGGCUCCUGUUUGUGUGCUACUGAUGCUCGGGGGUCGUGCUCUGGCUGGAGGCUACCCCCCUAUGCCCCAGAUGAAGUACAUGCAGCCUAUGAUGAAAGGACCCGUCGGACCCCCGUUUCGAGAGGGCAAGGGACAUUACGUUGAUAUGCCGCCCAUGAUGGUAGUGAAGGGGGAACCUGGCCCCCAAGGAAAACCCGGACCAAGGGGCCCACCAGGACCAGCAGGUCUUGCAGGAAAACCUGGAGUGGGAAAGCCAGGCCUCAAUGGUCAGCAAGGCCCUCAGGGGCCUCCUGGCUUUCCAGGCAUUGGUAAACCCGGACCUCCAGGUCUCCCAGGAAAGAUUGGACCAAAUGGAAUUCCAGGACUUACUGGUGAGGUUGGUCCUCGAGGUGAACCAGGUCUUAGAGGUCCUCCUGGGCAGCCUGGUCUCCCUGGUCCAGCUGGUUUGUCUCUAAAUGGAAAGCCUGGGCUUCCAGGUAUCCGAGGGCCCCCUGGCACUCGGGGAGAACCAGGAUUAAAGGGGAUUCCAGGCCCACCUGGUGAACGUGGUAUUAAGGGUGAGAAUGGAAAUGGGAAGAUAGGACCUCCAGGUGGAAAAGGUCUACCUGGCCUCAAGGGUAGUCCAGGCCCACCUGGUCUUCCAGGAAUAGGAAAACCAGGACUAAAAGGUUUGCCUGGAUUUCCUGGUCCUAAAGGUGAUCUAGGGCUUCCGGGUGACCGUGGAGAACCAGGAGAGCCAGGGGCUCCAGGUCUACAAGGUCCACCAGGGAUAACAGGGGUAGGAAAGCCUGGGCUAGAUGGACUGCCAGGAGGACCAGGUCCACUGGGUCCAAAAGGUGAACCAGGACUCAAAGGUCCCCCUGGAUUUCCUGGAGCUCCUGGAUUUGGAAAACCUGGACUGAAUGGACCGAAAGGAGAGAAAGGUCAUAGUGGGUUGCCUGGUCUUCCAGGGGACAAAGGAGAACAAGGACUUGUGGGCCUAACUGGAGAGCCAGGUCUUGAUGGACAACCAGGACAACCAGGAAUUCAAGGUCCAAUGGGUCUCCCUGGAAAACAUGGAAUGACAGGACAGAAGGGGGACAUAGGGCCCCAGGGUCCUGCAGGACUUCCUGGUCUCAGAGGUGACCAAGGUUCUAGUGGAGUCCCUGGAAAACCUGGCAUCCCAGGAGAAAAAGGAAUCCCCGGUCUUAAUGGUCCCAUAGGAAAGCCUGGACCCAAAGGUGAGGCAGGGCACAUUGGCCUACCUGGGAAUCCAGGGUUGAUGGGUGUUCCAGGUCCCAAAGGCGAAUCAGGAUUUAUAGGAACACCAGGCCCAAGGGGUCAGUCAGGAAUUCCAGGUCUUCAAGGGCCCAUGGGGCCAAUGGGUCCGCAAGGCGUUCCUGGCCCAAAGGGGGAACCUGGUCUUCCAGGGUCUCCGGGACUUGGUAAGUUGGGAGAGAAGGGAGCUAUUGGUCCCCAAGGCCCUCCAGGGAAACAAGGCCCUGCUGGACUUAAUGGUAACCCGGGGCCUCCUGGGCCUCCUGGGCCCCCAGGUCCACCAGGAAAUGGCCAAACUGUUGUUGCAGGGCCAACAGAUUCAGAGUUGGAAGGGGAUGAAAUCCCAGGGAGCAGGAAGGGAUCCGUGUAUAAUCAAGUUCCACUCUCCGCCUCUGUGGCACCAGCCUUCACAGCCAUACUCACCACACCUUUCCCACCUUCUGGCAUGCCAAUAAAAUUUGACAGGACCCUGUACAAUGGGCAAAAUGCCUACAGCUCCUCUACUGGUAUGUUCACUGCUCCUAUAUCUGGCAUCUACUACUUUGCAUACCACAUGCAUGUAAAGGGAACUAGCUUGUGGGUGGCACUGUACAUGAACAAUGUACCAGCAACUUACACAUAUGAUGAAUACAAGAAAGGCUACAUGGACCAGGCAUCAGGCAGUGCUGUCCUAGAGCUGAAGGAGGGUGACCAGGUGUGGGUCCAGAUGCCUUCAGAUCAGGCAAAUGGCCUCUAUUCUACAGAGUACAUUCACUCCUCAUUUUCAGGAUUCUUGCUUUGUCCCAGAUAACCCUGUCCUUACCUUACCUUGGCACCUCAGAGCAGCCCCAAACCUAUAAUACCUGCAGCCAUAACAGUCGCAAACCCAUAAAAUUCACAAUAUUUCUGCAAUCGUCUUUAUAUGUCUUACCCUCAAAAACAUCAGCAAAAGACAACAAAAACAAACUUUGUGAAUGAUAUAGAGAGUUUUUAAAGGCAGGGGAAGGAAUUUCAUACUGUGUUCUUUGUUUAAUGUCCUUCAAAUGUGUGUAUUGGGUUGUAUUUUAUGUCUGUCUUAGCGUAUAUUAUUUUAAUUAUUAUAUUGUCGUAAUUUUAUUGUUAUUAUUUGAUCCUUGUCAUAUUUGUCUUUGCCGUUUAUUGGAUUCAGAAUAUUAAGUGCCUUACUUUGUAAUGUGCUAGUAACAAACCUUCCCAUGUGACUGCACAUCCUGCCCACAUGCUCUAACAGCAAAAGAACAGUAUCACCACACCUUGGGAGAGGGUGAUUGGUUCUUCUAGCUGCAGUCACACCCCCAUGUUCUUACCUAAACCAUGAAUGGCAGUACUGACAUGAAGAGCAAAAGAACAUAGAGAAUGUAGACAAACAAAGGCAAAGCAAGGCAUUUGGUGCUGUAAUAUCAUGGAGUUUCAUUCUUUUGAUGGAGUUUUUUUGGCACUCUAAAUAACUGCUGUUUUAAAAUUAUUAACAAGAUUGAAUCUUUGUUUUUACAGUGGGUUUUAUUUACUCUAACAAUCAGUUGGGCACUUUUCUUGAAAAGAGUGUGCAACCAUUUGAAACGAUGGGCCUUUUUCUUUCUUAAUUUAUUUAACCGUCAAAUGCAGACCAAAAAUUACAAUUUAACAAUAAAUAUGUCCAUACAAUCUUAGAUAUAUUAACAUCAGAUUGCCCCCCUUUGAACAUUAUUAAAGGAUAGUGCCUUUUUUUAACACUCAAGAUUAUCCAUACCUAUACAGUCAAUGUUUACAUGCCAUUAAAUAGAUACAGACAGGACACAAAUAUAUAGCUGGAACGACAACAGAUUUCCUUGCAUCAAUCAAAACUUUCCUAUUUGCACUGCAAAUCACCAUAUUGCCAGUAGGCUUUUCAUAUUCUGUGACCCUGACAUCACUGCUUUCUAAUGGUAUACUACCUAUAAAUAUUCCACAACAAAGUCCCAGGAAUUCCAGAGGAAUUCUAGAGUUUCCUGUGACGAUGUUGCAAACUCAUUUAUGUACAUGAAUAAGAACACAAAACGAUGACAGGUUAAAUUAAUUUUACAUCAUUCCUACAGUGCCAGUUUCUAGCAAAUUGUACAGAGAGAGUAUAUAACCUGUUUUUGUGAAUGAAAAAAGGUUCUACUAAUUUCCAGAACAAUGACAGGAUGUAUCAAAAAUGAAUCAUGUUGACGUAUACAGCUCUAACUGAGGAUCAAUCUGCAUUUACUCUAUGAAUAAGUAAAGGGACUUGACUGAGGCCCACAGGUUGUGAAAUACAGGUUGUGUAACAUUAACAAAAUUCUGCCAGGUUUCCGAGAGAGGAGGUGGGCUAGAGGUGAAAGCUGUGUGUUUACUCAUUUCUGCCGGAUGAGGCUCCGAACAUUCGUGCCACGCGUGUAUGCAUGUGCUAGUAUAGUAGGCGUACCUCGCUGUCUGUCACUGGGUCAGUACAUGUGCUUAUGGGUGUAGUUCUGUCACAGUGCCCCCCACCGCCAUUAAGGUCAUGAACACUUUGGCUAAGAUAAUUAUAAACCUGCAUUAAGUUAAAAAAAACCACACACAGAGCUUCUAGUCCUGUAAAUGUUCGACCAAGGGGCCCCACUUAAAAAAUUUCCAGCCGUCUUUGGAAUUUAAGGAAAAAUCCACACACUCCAAUUGAGCCGUAAGGGAACAUAUUAUGAAACAAGUUAUGAAUGUAAAGGAAUGUAACACUGAAAGGGCAUACUGAUCACGAGUGGCAUGGUGUGCAAUAACUCUGCAAGGCAUAAAAAAAUUAAUGGGAGAUAGAUGCUGUUGAAUUAGACAAAAUAUAAAGACGUCUGGGAGAAAAAAUCUGUUAUCUAACAAAGAAAAUAUGGUGCUAUGGUGCUUACAGUCUCCGUGCCUUUACAUGCCUCAGCUCACCCAGAAUUCCAUUCUAACUUGUGCCGGUCAAACACUAUCAUUACACUGAAAUACGACCACCCUGAGUGAGGAACGUCAAUGUACAGAAAGGCUGUGCCAAAUAUUGAAAUUUGCAGUCAGAAUGAAUGUAUACUUGUCCAUUUUAAACGUCUUGCUACAGAGGAACAGGCGUUUUCCAAGCGGCGCUACAAAGACAGCGUGAGGAAAAGACCUAUUCAGUGUUUUGUGUCCGUGUUACGCAAACGUUUCACUCGUUCCUGCCCAUUCUGUAUCAUGAUUUGGACACCUGCUGUGUGUCUUUGUAGUUAUGUGAAUCUUUAAGUUCAAGGCUCGUUAUGUACUGUAUGUUGCCUCUUUUGGUGCCUUCGUUUAAACAUAUGACACAUGUGGCUAUUACUCUUUGUUUUCAUAGACAAUGUUACUCGCUUGCAGGAAUUUGCCCUGUGUGCAAAUCAUUUAAGUGUCAGUAACAUCCAUGUAAUGUCUGAAACACUUAAUUGCUUUUUCAGUAAGUGUUUUGUUUUUUCAUUUCUCUAUAAAACACAAAAUAUUGUAAAAAAAAAAAAAAAAAAAGCCUUGCUUCAGUUCUUAAGGGAUAUUUGUUUGUUUUACUUUCAAUAAAUACAAACGGCCAUUCCCAUUUGCACAUGAAAUUAAUGAAGAUGUAUUUAUACAUUUAUGAUAAUUUAAUAGGGAUGCCAAAACCGACCACCGAAGCCUAGAACGUAUAAAUGGUAUUUAACAGCAUUGAUGAGUUAAGAGCAUUUACAUCAUGUAGUUAGCAUUCUAGUGUUGUUUGUGAAGAAUUAUUUGUGAACUUUUAUGUAUCAGCAUAUAAGAUUUUGGUCAUAAAAGGCUAUUGCGUGCACUCCAUGCAAUAGAAUUUGGGUAUUAAAUGCACUCUAUUGAUUGAAAAUGUUUGUCUGCUUAUGCAAAAUCUACAGUACUUGAUUGUAUUGAUACCACAUCAAUAAAAAAAUGUUCUUGUA